AUGGAGUCUGUGUGCAAAGUCGCGAGCAAGUACGAUAAGCGGCAGGAGUCGGAGCAGCAACAACAACCUCCCGACUCCGUCACCACUUCCAGUGGCGGCUGUGGACUGGGAAUCGAUGAACGCACCGGACGGCUUCAAUGGUGUCCCGGGUACCGGUUCGUGAAGAUCCUGUUCGUCAUUCCGGCCGCGAUGCUUCCGAUCGGUUUGCUGUUUCUGCUGUUGUCUCGGUUUCAGGUCGUCGGUUCGGUCGAGCUAGGAUGCGGUGAGAUUGGCUCCUAUGCGGAAGAAUCCGGUAUGGGUGAUAACUACCUCACCGAUGGAGAAGCUUCCGAGUGGCCGGACCUGACCACAGCUAGCACCGAACGGCAGUGCCAACCGAUACCGAAGCUCCUAAGCGAAACCAUCGACACCGAGGAUCGUGGACUUUUGCGUGACAUCAUCCGGACGUCGUUCAUUCCGACGGAAAAGCGCGUCCUACCAGCGGACUGUUUACCGGGGGACCCUUUGUCGCCCCAGGAAGUGAAACAAGGACGUCAACGGCGACGUGUGAGAAAGUCUCUCUCCUGGUUAGACGACAGCCGGAGCAGUCCGGAGAGCAUACGGGCAGCGCAGGUACAGAUUAUGCGGCAGUACAUGGACCUCGGGGCGGACCCGUGUGACGACUUCUACCAGUACGCCUGCGGGAACUGGGACCGGGUGAAUCCGAUACCGAAGGAUAAAGCCGCACUGGACACGUUCGAGCUGCUGCGCGAAAGUCUCGAUCUGGUGCUGAAAAACCUACUCUUGGGUGACGAUAGUGUGCCGUCUUCCCCCGGCGCGGAAGAAAGUCUGCCCGAGGUGGGCAAUGCGCUCUCAACCGUCCGUUCGACAACGGCACCGAGUUCUCAACACAACCAACCCGUUGAUGACGUACCGUUGCGUCGUGUGCGAAAGCGAGUUGGCCGUGGUUGGCGACGGCGAAGGCGACGUCGUGCGGUUCAGAACAAACUCAUCAUCCGGACGACGCAGGUGAAGCGCGUUAGAAGAAGGGAACUCAAGUCGGAUGACGAUGCGGAAACGAAAGCACGCCAUCUGUUUGUGUCCUGCAUGAACUAUGAGCUGAUCAAGCAGAGAGGACUGGAACCGUUGAAGCGAUUGCUGGAUAGCCUCGGUGGAUGGCCCCUGCUCGAUCCGAACUGGGAUGAAACCGGCUUCGACUGGCUGAACCUGACGGCGUACAUUCGCCGUUACAACAACGAUGUGCUGAUAGUCGAGUGGGUUGGUCCGGACAUUAAGAAUUCGGAUGAAAAUAUCGUGCAGUUUGACCAGACGACACUCGGGUUGCCGACGCGCGAGUACUACCUACAGGCCGCCAACCGGAAGUACCUGGAUGCGUACCGUCUGUUUAUGGUGGAGGUAAUCGAGCUGCUCGACGUGCCACCGGCGACGGCCCAGCGAGCCACGGACGAGAUGAUUGAGUUCGAGGUGCAGCUAGCGAACAUUACUAACCCACCGGAGGAGCGCAACAACGUGUCGACCCUGUAUAGGAAGAUCAUCCUGGAGAACCUGCACGAUGAAGUACCGGAGAUUGAUUGGACGAGGUACCUGGAGAUCGUUACCGAGCGCAAGGUGAAUACGUCCGACUUUGUGGUGAUGUUUGCUAUGAAUUACAUGCAGGACCUGGUGGAGUUGAUCGGCCAAACGGAGCCACGUAUCGUGGCCAACUAUCUACUGUGGCGAUUCGUUCGUCACCGGAUCAACAAUCUGGACGAUCGGUUUCUCGGUGCCAAGCAGCGCUUCUCGAAUGCGUUAUUCGGGCGGGAGAAGAAUCCACCACGGUGGAAGAACUGUGUGACGCAGGUUAACGCCAACAUGGGAAUGGCGGUUGGGGCGAUGUUCGUGAGGCGAUACUUUGACGAGAACAGCAAGAAGGACACGCUCAAGAUGACCCACGAGCUGCAGGAGGCCUUCCGUGAGAUACUGAACCAGACCGAUUGGAUCGAUGGGUUGACCAAGCGGCUUGCCGAGAAAAAGGUGAACGCGAUGUCGCUCCGGAUCGGUUACCCCAACUUUAUUCUGUCCCAAGAAGAGCUGAACGCCCGCUACGCCAGUCUCACCGUUCACCCGGAGCGAUACUUCGAAAACACGCUCAACGUGCUCAGUCACAUACGGCGAACGGAUCAGGAGAAGCUUGGCCAGGUGGUGAACAAAACGGCCUGGCAUACGGCACCGGCUGUGGUGAACGCGUACUAUAGCCGCAACAAGAACCAGAUCAUGUUCCCCGCUGGGAUCCUGCAGCCACCGUUCUACCACCGUCACUUCCCAAAGUCGAUCAACUACGGUGGCAUUGGCGUGGUGAUCGGGCACGAGCUGACACACGGUUUCGACGACAAGGGUCGGCUGUUCGAUCGCGACGGUAACCUGUACCGCUGGUGGAGCGACAACGCCAUCGAGGCGUUCCACGAGCGGGCAGCUUGUUUGGUGCAGCAGUACAGCAAGUACACGAUCGACGAGAUCGGCGUCCAGCUCGAUGGGGAAAACACACAGGGCGAGAACAUCGCCGACAACGGUGGCAUCAAGCAGGCGUUCCUCGCCUACACCAAAUGGCUUUCCGCGCAGACCGACCCACGCGUUCUGGCCCUCGAGACCCUUCCGGGGCUGAACGUCACCAACACGCAGCUGUUCUUCCUGAACUUUGCACAGAUCUGGUGCGGUGCGAUGCGCCCGGAAGCGACCCGGAACAAGCUCAAGACGGCCGUACACAGUCCCGGGCGGUUCCGGGUGAUCGGUACGCUGUCCAACUCGGAGGACUUUGCCCGCGAGUUCCGGUGCCCGGUUGGGAGCGUUAUGAACCCGGCCGAAAAGUGUAGCGUGUGGUAGUGAAGGGGAACUACACGUGCCCGGUACGGACUCUGUAAAUAAAACAACCGGCGAAUUGGAUAGCAAUAAAGUGUCCUGCCAUGUUAACAUGUGAGACUACAUGUGCUCCGCGAAGGUAUGAUGAAAUCCCGGCUACCGAUUACACGCUGCGGUUUCGCGGAGAAACACAACACCACCGUACGAGCUCGUCUCGUUUGUGGCAAAAGAAUUUAAUUGAAUCCACUCUAUCAUUCUCGGUCACAACGUGUUCCUCAGGUUCCGAAAAUCUUCCCUUCCAACCGUAGCCACUGUUAUCCAAUUUAUGCGUCGUGGAUCAAAUUUCGUCGAGGUCGAAACGCUUUCCUGGUUCCGCCGUUAAUACCGUUAGUCGUCGUGGUUAAGCGAUGUGAUUACCCACACUUGCUUAAUCUUCCUUCUGCGUGCAGGUUCGGGUAGUAAAGUAGUUGAUACUACUGUAUAUCGUUUAGAAUGGCUAGUUAGUACAUCUAGGACGAGAACAUUUAUGAGAAAAUAGGAUUGUGAAACAGUUAGAUAGGCUUAUAGUCAAAGAACUAUAUAAUGUUAUUGUUGAUGUUUAUUGAGUAUUGUGUUGAAUAUUUCAAAGUGGAAAAGAUUUGAAACGCAUGUUUCACUUAGCAGAAACGUUCUAGACGUCGUUCCUACUUCCUCCUCUUGAUCGAGAGCUCGUUACUAUGGUAACCCGAUGAC